CUCCAAUCCUCUCUCUCUCUCUCUCUCUGCUCAAAUUUUGUGUUUUCUUUUUUUGUUCCCUUCUUUUCCUUCGUUUCUGUACUUUCUUUUUUUAUAUUUCACUUCCAUCCUUCGUUUCUCUCGAAUCCGUAGGGAUUCAUUACACGCACCUUCUUUCUCUUUGGGAUGUUUCUCACUUUCCUUUUCUUAUUUUCGUGGCCUUUUUUUGGUGUUUGAAACUAUUUAGGCUGUUAUAGUUAAUUUUGUUAGGUAAUUUAGUUAGUUUACUAUAUUUGUUGCAUAAAAGGUCGUUGCUUUUCUUUUCAAGAUUUGCUUCUUCCUGAGAAGAUCAGCCAAAAUUGGUUCUUGGUGAUGAACUCCGGGUCUUUGGCUCCUUGUUUUGUGGGGUUGGUUUCAUUUUUCUUUUCUUUUUGAAACUUUUCGAUGGUUUUGUUUCGAAUUGGUAGCCAAUUAACUGCUUACAGGCCGAUUCUUUGCUUCAUUUUCUCCUUGUUUUGAAGAAAAAAAACCAACCUUAGCUAGUUUUUCUGGGUUUCCAUUGUUGUUGCUAUCUUGAACUUUGAUUAUCGGAUUAAGAUCAGAAAGAUGGAUUUAAGCAAUGGUGAAGGAGUUGGAGCCGUUACGGAACCUGAAAAACCCCUUACUCGUGAAGGGGACACAACUUUAAAAGAGUCUAAUUGCAGAGAGAAGGCCUUGGGUUCGAAGGUGAAUGGUGUGGGAAGAAUUAGCAGCAAGGACAUGUUUUUCAGAGCAGAUAAGAUUGAUUUCAAGAGCUGGGAUAUUCAGCUAGACAGGCACUUGAGCAGGGCAUGGGAGAGCGAAGUGCAGACGCGAAAGGAAGAGUGGGAAAUUGAUUUGUCAAAGCUUGAUCUUAGAUAUGAUGUAGCUCAUGGGACUUACGGGAUUAUAUACCGUGGCGUUUAUGAUGGACAAGACGUUGCAGUGAAGAUAUUGGAUUGGGGGGAGGACGGUAUUGCCACAGCUGCUGAAACUGCUGCUCUUCGGGCUUCGUUUCAGCAAGAAGUUGCUGUUUGGCAUAAGCUUGACCAUCCAAAUGUUACAAAGUUUAUCGGAGCUUCAAUGGGAACUUCCAAUCUUAAAAUCCCUUCAAAGAGUGCAACAAGUGAAGAUCAUAAUUCUCUUCCAUCCAAGGCUUGUUGUGUCGUUGUUGAGUACCUUACAGGUGGGACUUUAAAGAAAUUUUUAAUCAGGAAUGUGAGAAAGAAACUUGCCCUUAAGGCUGUGAUUCAAAUUGCUUUGGAUCUCUCUAGAGGGUUGAGUUAUCUUCACUCAAAAAAGAUAGUACAUCGUGAUGUUAAAACAGAAAAUAUGCUGCUAGAUGCCCAUAGAACUUUGAAAAUUGCUGAUUUUGGCGUUGCUCGUGUUGAAGCCCAGAACCCAAGGGACAUGACCGGGGAAACUGGUACCCUUGGAUACAUGGCCCCAGAGGUUCUUGAUGGCAAGCCUUACAAUAGGAAAUGUGAUGUCUACAGUUUUGGGAUAUGCUUGUGGGAGAUCUAUUGUUGUGACAUGCCUUACCCUAAUCUUAGUUUUGUUGAAGUUUCAUCAGCAGUUGUGCGACAGAACUUACGACCAGAAAUCCCUAGAUGUUGUCCAAGUUCAUUGGCGAGCAUCAUGCGAAAAUGUUGGGACGCAAACCCAGAUAAGAGACCGGACAUGGAUGAGGUGGUGACUUUGUUAGAGGCAAUAGACACGAGCAAGGGAGGUGGAAUGAUUCCUGAAGAUCAGGCUCAUGGCUGUUUCUGUUUCACCACAGCUCGUGGCCCAUAGUAGUAGUAUCAUCCUACAAUGUGCAAGUGAAGUUAGUCUUGCAGCAUUUCAUGGCAGGAUUUCAGGAUAUAUGGCCUUAGAACAAGCGGUUCGGUUUUCUGUCGUGCAUUGCAUAAUAUAUUUGAGUUUUUUUUCAAUGUGAGAUCUUACUCAUUUGCAAUGUAGGGAGAUUUGAGGGCAAACAAUUCAUGAUUGCAAUUACUUUGUUGCAUAAUAUUCUUGGAUGUGAACUCCGAAGUUGUUAAUCUAUCACCUUUCUUGGGUAUAGUAUUCUCUCUCAACUCUCA